UUAGUAACUUUGUAAGCGGUGGAGAACUUCUAUCUUUAUGUCAAGUGUACGGCUCGUUACCAGAAGAACUUGUCGCUAUUUAUGUUGCCGAAAUAGCAUUAGCUUUAGAUUUUUUACACAAUUCGGGCGUUAUUUAUCGCGAUUUGAAGCUGGAAAAUGUUCUUCUAGACGAAGAGGGGCAUACGCAACUCAUUGACUUUGGUCUGGCAAAAUGGCUACCCUACAAUAAGAGGACUUCAACAAUAUGUGGAACUCUUCAAUAUAUGGCUCCUGAAAUCCUGAGCGUUGAGAACGGAUACAGUCACGCUGUUGACUGGUGGUCUUUGGGUGUUCUUGCCUGUGUGCUGAUUACUUCAAAGGUGAGUUCCGAACUCUCAAUUUUGCAAGAAAUACUGUUAAUAUUUCUCAAGCUCUUUCCAAAAUUAAUUUUGUUCACAUCAAGUUGAUAUCUACAAGUUUCUCUGUACGUCUUCACAACUCAUAUGCCCGGUUCCUUGGACACUUAUUAAAUCUAAUGAACCAUUAAACCUAUAGUUUCAAUUUUAAUGGUCCAUUGUGUUUAAUAAUGUCCAAAAAUGUCCAUCUUUUGUCUGAAGCACCUUGUCUAGUGGUUGUUGGUGAAGGUUGUUAAUUCGAUUUGCAGAUUGAAACUUUUCAGCUUUCCGAAAGUUUGAACUUUUUUACACCAACAUAUUUCAACUAUUUACCAGCAAAAAUAAAGGAAUUUCAGGUAAAAAGUAUAUUAUUAUAUAGACAAUAUUUCAAUGAUAACUUUACUUGUUUAGGGCUAAUUGAGUUUGCAAUUAAGUUUCAAAAUAAUUCUAAUAUAAAUGACAUCUUGAAUUUUUAAUUUUCAUAAUCAAUAUUUCAAUAUUGUAGUAUAGUUUGAAUCAAAUUAAGACUGCCUACUAUACCAUACCUACACUAAUGUGCAUUAAAAGUAGUAGAAAAUAGUUAGUAUGUGAUAGAAAUGUGUUAAGUG